AUGCAACACACAUCAGCGAUUUUAGCGAAUGAUCCAAUUCCUGAAUAUAUGAAUGUACUUGGUAUGAUAUUUAGCAUGUGUGGCCUUAUGAUGAGGAUGAAAUGGUCUGCUUGGGUCGCUUUAUUUUGUUCAUGUGUUAGUUUUGCAAAUGCACGAUCAAAUGAUGAUGCUAAACAAAUCGUUAGUAGUUUUAUGUUAUCGGUUUCGGCAGUUGUAAUGAGUUAUUUACAAAAUCCUCAACCUAUUGUACCUCCAUGGGCGAAUCUGUUGUAA